AUGUCUGAGUCUGAGACGAAGACAUACGCAUGGCAGUGGGUUUCCGACUUGACGUUUUUGUCAUGCAGCUCCGCUUUGGCUGGUGCCUUUGGUGGCACCCCUAGCAGUUCGCUGGCACUGGCCAGCGUUUCGCUGGACCCAACUUUAUCGCUCGUGAUACUCGGUUCCGUGGCCACUUUCUCUGCUUUUUGGUUCAAUGCUGCAGUUCCCGAACAAGGGGCUGCAGAAGAGCCGGCCAAUCUUGCGGACACGGGCGACCUGGCUGUCCAGCAGGGCGCGUGCAUGGGCCAGGAGUGCUGCGACGCCGUAGGUGGCACUGGGAAUGCCAUCAACCAUCCGGACACCAUCGGACCGGACCGCCAUGUUGCAGGAUCUCUUGUGAAUAAUACACGCCCCAGUCUCACAGGGCAAAGUCUUAAUGCUCAGAGCUUCAGAGCAAUCAGCCGGCUUGGAACUGGCAGCUGUGGUAUCGUUUCGCUCAUGCAGCACCAAACCGGCCCGACUUACGCAGUCAAGCGCGUCGAUCUGAGCCAAUUGAAGCCGAAGAAGAAGGCCAAAAUCAUGCGAGAAAAAGACAUACAUCUAGAAUUGCAGUCACCGUUCCUCAUCCGCUUGUUUGGCACAUACCUGCAGGAAGAGGCCAUGCAUUUCGUGAUGGAACCUGGCGUUUGUGAUUUGUGGAUGGUUUAUCGGCUGCACAAGGAAUUUUUUCGCAGCCAGAAACAUGCAAGUUUCUAUUCAGCGAGCGUGAUCUGUGCACUCCAGUAUCUGCACGAGAAGGGCAUAGUCUACAGAGACUUAAAGCCGGAGAAUUUAGUGCUUGACGAACAUGGGUUCCUGAAAGUGUGCGACCUGGGCUUUGCCAAGCAUGUUAAGGUCGAGGAGAAGACAUACACCUUCUGCGGUUCUUUGGAAUAUUUGGCACCGGAAAUCAUCACCAAAAGCGGACACAGUCAUGCGGUUGACUGGUGGGCGCUCGGUGUGUUGAUCUUCGAGCUUAUGGCUGGACUUCCUUGUUUUGGCACGGAGGAGCCCGAAGCUGUGAUUUACGACAGAGUGCUGAAGGGUGUUCAGCCGGAACUUUUUCCACCCGUAAUGCCACCCACAUGUCGGGAUCUCAUUCUGACAUUAUGCACUCAAAACCCAGCACUGCGCUUGCCGAUGCGUCCUGGUGGUUUGGAUAUGUUGAAAUCUCAUGCCUGGUUCGAAGGCUUUAAAUGGGAUUUCAAGAUGGAGCCACCUUACAACCCAACCCACGAUUUGCAGCGACGACGAUGUGGUUAA